GCUCUUGAGUCUUCCCAAGCAAGAUGGCGGAGGAGUCGCAGUCUGUGUUGCAGCUUCCUCCCUCAAGUGCUGCUGGAGGGGAAGGACUUACGGAUGUCUCCCCAGAAACAACCACCCCGGAGCCCCCAUCUUCCGCUGCAGUUUCCCCGGGAACAGAGGAACCUGCUGGCGACACCAAGAAAAAAAUUGACAUUUUGCUAAAGGCUGUGGGAGACACUCCUAUUAUGAAAACAAAGAAGUGGGCAGUAGAGCGAACACGAACCAUCCAAGGACUCAUUGACUUCAUCAAAAAGUUUCUUAAACUUGUGGCCUCAGAACAGUUGUUUAUUUAUGUGAAUCAGUCCUUUGCUCCUUCCCCAGACCAAGAAGUUGGAACUCUCUAUGAGUGUUUUGGCAGUGAUGGAAAACUGGUUUUACAUUACUGCAAGUCUCAGGCGUGGGGAUGAACCACAAAGAAAAUCAACUUGCUACUACAUAAAAUGGAUUUUCACAGAAGAGACAGCUCUGAAAAGUUUUGAUGCUUGUGGCAAGAGACUUAACAGAUGUGAUCUAUUUAGUAUGUGUCUACUCUAUGUUUAUGCAUAAGAAAACAUCCAUAGCAUGAAUGGACUCAGAAAAAUGUGAUUUGUAUUAAUAGACCAGUCAUCAUAAAAGAUGGUCAUGAUAGUACACCCAUUGCUCCUACUUGUUACUAUUAUUGCUGCAGAUCUGCCUCCAAGGUUGAAAAGGAGACUAAGACUGUAUAAACAUCUUCAUUGCCAGUUCUCAAAAUGACUGAAAUUGUUUUCAUGGUAAAAGUUAAUAUACUAAAGGGUUCCUUUUUUUUUAAUGUUUACAUUUAUGUCUAUGUUUACCUUUUUAGUCACAUUGACCUGCUGGCUGAAUACCUCAAAUAGUCCAGUAGAGGGCAGUCCACCAGGCAGAAAAGGUUAGGCACUUUGGUUUCACAUCUUUGCUGGGGAAUAAUAGGGGAAAUGGCUGUUUUUGCUAAUUUUUAGCUAAUAUCUAGGCAGGAGAGCAAGCACAUUGGACAGACUAAAAGACUGUAAUUUUACACAAUACACAUGGCUUAAUUAUUUUAUUGGGAUACAGAAAAAUAUAAAUUCUGGACAAAUAAGUCAUAUACCUGUUUUCAGUCCUAUCAUUUAAGGAUUCUUGAGUCCCAAUCACAUAACUGUGGUGUUACUCUGUCAUUUAUAUGGUGUCAAAAGCACUUGAUGAGUAAACCCAGUAACAUCUUUUUGAGUGUUUCAUAAUGCAUUUUCCAACUUGAAAACACUCAAUAAUUGAAAAAUAGCCUUAUUGUGUAUUUUAUGCCAUGACUAAAAGUGCCAUUUUUACUGAUGCUAUUAGACUGAUAAUUUCUCGAAGUGAGAUUUAACCUUUUUUUCUCUUUAGUAUUAUGUUUAUAAUGCCAUAUUUUUAGAAAGCAUUCCAGAUCAGGCAUGGUGGCUUACACCUGUAAUCCCAGUACUUUGGAAGGCCGAGGUGUGGCGAUUGCGUGAAGCCACAAGUUUGAGACCAGCCAUUAUUAGGCUGCAGAGGCAAGAGGAUCCCCUGAGCCCAGAAGUUCAAGGGUAUAGUGAGUCGUGAUUGUACCACUGCAUUCCUGCUGAGCAACAGAGUGAGACCCCAUCUCAAAAAAGAAAAAAAAAGGCAUUCUAGUAAAUCGAAUGUAAUGUGAAUGGAAUUUCAAAACAGGAUCUAAGAUGGUAUGUAGUAGAAUUCAAAGUAAUAUCACUUUAAAGUUAAAUAAGUUGUGUAUGGAAAAGAUCUGUUCUCUAGUUUUGUCCAGUUCAGUUUACUGAAGGAAUAUAUUUAAUUAUAUUCAUAUAUUUAACAAAUAAAAAUAUGUUGAAUUUUCGUAUUGUUUGCCACUGAGGGUUCAGAUGAUAGACCUCAAAAAAUCGAAAAUACUGGUUGAAUUUGUAGCAUCCAUUUAAUUAUUCUUUUUGACCUAAAUAACUUAAUAGUUUAUUAAAUCUAAGGUUAGCUAAAUAUGUAGCUAACCUUAUUCGUUUUCUUUCCUAACAACUCUGAAGAAUACAUAGGACUUUGCACUUUUUUUUUUUUUUUAAAGAGACGGAGUUUCGGUCUUGUUGCCCAGGCUGGACUGUAAUGGCACAAUCUCGGCUCAUUGCAACCUCUACCUCCCGGGUUCAAGUGAUUCUCCUGCCUCAGCCUCCUGAGUAGCUGGGAUUACAGGCACCUGCCACCACACCCGCCUAAUUUUUUGUUAUUUUUAGUGGAGACAGGGUUUUACCAUUUUGGCCAGGCUGGUCUCAAACUCCUGACUGACCUCAGGUGAUCCACCCACCUUGGCCUCCCAAAGUGCUGGGAUUAUAGGUGUGAGCCACCGUGCCAGGCCUGGACUUUGUACUUUUUCAAAUCAUAUUUAAUUAUUUCUUGAUCUUUACUCAAAGAAUUAUUCUGCGCUAAAUUUGCAGCAUUAAACAAUAAUUAAGCCUGGAUCCGAUAAAUUAUUGGGUGACUAGAACCUACAACACAAUUUAUUUUUAAUUUAAACUCUCAAGUCUGAUUAAACUUGGGGGAAAAACUGAACAUUCAGGUGAUAUUUUAAAUUUUCUUUGUGACUAAAUAGAUGUCAUUAAUAUCAUGCUUCAUCUUACUGUGCAUAGAUGACCCAUGGCACACAAAGUAUAUGUAUAAUAUUGCAAUAUUGUACUUGCAUCUUUAAAAGUAUGCCAAAGACUUCAUAAUGAAUUCACCAUAUUUAAGGAAUAAGGCAAAUUAAUGUUUUAUCCGAAAUCAAAAUGAGAUUGGAUAAUUCCUGGAAUCUGAUUUCUGUAAGUUUCAGUCCUAAAGGGACCUUAAAUAUCUACUAGAACAAAGUACAGUGUAUUUCUCAGAUUACAUGACAUUAGUCAACCAAUUUAGUUGUAACACAAAGUGAGAAAGCCUUAGGUGUUGAAGGAGUGUGAAAAUAAAAAUCUCUUUUCAUGCAGUUUCUGCUUCAUUUUCCAAGGAUUAUAAUAUGCUGAGUAAACUUUUGGCACUAAGGAAGCCAGCUACAGGCCACGUAAUGAAAACUAUUCAGAAAACAGUUCAGCAAAUACUACUAUUUGAAUACAGUUCAAAUCGUAUUUAUAUAAAUACUCUGCCUACAUUAUUUAACCCAAACUGGAUUAUUCACCAUUCUUUGAAGAUGCCUUGUGUUUUCUGUUAUCUACUUCUGCUCCUGCAGUUUACUUACACCUUCACCCUUUCAAAUCCUAACUCUUCUUCAAGGCCUGAUUCAGAUUUUAACUUCUUAAAGGCUAUCUGAAUCAUUCAAGGAGAAGAUACCCUUUCUCUCAUAAAAACACUUAGAGCAAACUACCACUAUUACAGCACUUAUUGCAUACUGCCUCAGAGCCAUGUGUCCAGUUGUUCUGGUUUUUAUCUGGUACCCACGCACACAUAAUACUUAGUACAUUUCCUUAUAUGUAAAUAAUUAGUAAUGUAACACAUCGAGUGAAUGAAAUUGUGAUUAGCAAAGUAUGACAGCUAAAAACAGGAAAUUUUGUAUAGUUUAAGUUUUUGUACAGCAGAAGGUAAUGGAAAACAUUUGCAACAUAUGACGGUGUUUUUAAUGUCUUAAAAUAUAUGAAGAAUUCGUUUCAAUUGGUAAGAAAAGACCAACUGAAAAAUAGGCAAAACAUACCAAAUUUCGAUUCACAAAAAGAUACAAAUGGCCAACAAAACAUGAAACACCUUGAACCCCAUUGGUUACAAAAAAUACAAAUAAAAACAAUGCUGACUGACAAUAAAAAUAAUGUACAUCUUGCUAUUAGCAGAGUUGUGGGGAAAUCCUGUCAUAUUGUGGUGAAUAGAAUAUGAGUUGGUAUAUCACUUUUAGGGGGCCAUUUGGCAAUAUCAAAAACCUUGAAACGUAAGUAUAAACUUCAAUUUGUUCGUAUAACCUGUCAUUCACAUAUUGAGUGCCUACUAUGUCCUAAAUAUUGGAAUAACACUAAUAAAGCUCAUAAGAGACUAAUAAA